UUCCUGAUUUCUUCACUGAAGCGCAAGCAUUACAGCUAGGCUUCGAAUCGUUGACAAAAUGAGCCUUAAAACGUUUGUAACAGCCUUCAUAAUUACACCACUUUGCGCCGGACAACUACUAGAAUGCCCUGAGAGGAAUGUUUCCUGCGACGACAUUAAGACUUCUGGUGGAUUUCUGUUCAAACAUGGUGGUCCUAAGGACAGUGAGGUUUACAUCUUUGCUAAUGAGACACUAACCGCCUUCGGUGUGCUGAGCUCAAGGACCUUCAAUUACACAAGUGAAGUGACGAGAUUUGACAACAACUCGGUCAUCACAACACGCUGCCAAGACCUCACAGUUAAAUGCAUAAUUCUUAAUGGACAGAAAGUAACAGAGACCUGCAAAGUUUUUAAAACUACAGAAACUAAGAAUCCUCCUCCCAUUGAUUCAUCAAAACUACUGGCCCUCAUCUUCAAAAUAUUAGGCGUGAUACUCGUGUUUGUCGUCUGCUUUGGGAUCCUUUGCUGGUGUUACAUGUCUUGGAAAAAAGAACUGAGGACGCAGCAUGGUGCAGCCGCAGCUUCUGGUUUUUCUCAGUACCUACUGACUUGCUAUCGUCUCAGAAAGGGGACUUUCCACCAACAGAGUAAAGAGAGCGAAGAAACUAGACAUGAGGAAACUGAGGAAGAUACAGCUGUUGAUGAAGACACUCAAGAGAACGGUGAUAUUGGCACUGUAAACCCCCGUGAUGGAGAUCCACAUGGAAGUGGUGAAAAUGAAACGGAGCAAGAAAACGCACUUCAUAGUGUGCAUGUUCACAGUAUUGAUUCGAAGGUUGAUGGCAAGACUCCUCAAUCUCUUAGUCUGGACCACAACUUCAGGAACGAGACAAUCCAGCCCACUAAAAACGGAGACAUAAGCUCCCCUAAUGUCAACAGAGAAUCUCAUCAAAGAGCCAUGAACAAGAACACGAGGGACGAUCCAGGAGGAGAGAAUAGCAAUAAAAAGAAAGACAAUAUCAGGAAAAUGGACAGUGGAUGGGCUGUUGGUGAUCACGAUGCUGAAGACCAUGAGAUUGAAGUACGACCGCUGCUGUCGAAUCAGCGAGCUGCCAUCCAAGGUUUUGACAUGACAGGUGAAGCUAAAGCUUUGGUGAACAAGCAUGGCUUUGACCAAGACCAAGUCAGCAGGUGCUCUGUUGCACCAGUAAGUAGGAGAAUUUCUAUAUGUUUUUUAUUUUUUAUUUUUCAGUUAAAUGCUCCUAUUGUGUUGUUUUUGUUGGAUUGA